GAGCCCCAUCCAUCCAUCCAGUGUGUAGCUGGGUGUCAGCAGUGGCGGCCGCCGGGCUCCGAUGCGGCCAGCUCCUCUCCACGACGACCCCCGCCGGCCGUCGGCCUCGUGCUGCUGCUGCUGCGGCUGCUGCAGCCGGGGGCCGCGGCCCCGCCGCCCCCGCCUCGCCCUCUGGCUGCGCCGAAUGCUGUGCCUCGGCGCCGAGGCCGCCGGCACCUCUUCGCCCGCCUCCUCGGCCACCCCCGGCGGCCUCAACGCGGCCAGCGACACCAUGUUGCUCGACUCGUCCGACCAGGAGCUCGUCGUGAGGCGCUCGAGUGCGGUCCAGAGGGCCUCGUCUGCGUCAUCCGGAGUCAGCGAUGCCGCGCCGCAAGACGCCUCCUCGCCUCUCGAUGAUGGAGCAGCUACUUCUCUCUACAUUCGCAUGAUUGCUAGUCCAGGGUCAGCAGAGUCGAGCAGCUGCGGCGGCGGGAGCGCUGGAAGUUCGCCGGCGCGCAGCCUGAGCGACGCUGACUGGCUGCUGCUGGAAGGGUUGGACACGCGGCUGCAACGCACCCUGCACACCGGCCGCUUCCUCACCAUGCACAAGAGGCGGCGGAGAAGAUUGAACACGCGCUCGGCAGUGCUCGGCGGCGGACAACCCGCCCUCCUCGACGACAUCCACCACGGACAAGUACAAUUUGUGCUUAACAAAGUAGGAGACUGGCCAUUCAAUGCAUUCAUUCUGGACACGGUGACCGGUGGGCGGUCGCUGCCGGUGCUGUGCGUCCACCUGUUCCACUGGUACGGACUCUUCGAGCACUUCCAGCUGGACGUAGUUCGCGUUUGGAAACUCUUCACUCUGAUCGAGGAGGGUUAUCACGGGACCAAUCCUUACCACAAUGCCAUCCACGCCACCGACGUCACCCAAGCAAUGCACUGCUUCCUCCAAGAAGAGAAGAUUCGGAGCCACCUGACCCCCUUAGAAAUUAUGUCUGCCCUCUUGGCCGCCGUCACGCACGACCUGGACCACCCUGGAGUGAACCAACCUUUCUUGAUCGCCACCUCCAACCAUCUGGCCGCUCUUUACGAGAAUACUUCGGUGCUUGAAAAUCACCACUGGCGCUCAGCCAUAGGGUGCCUGCUCGAGAGCUGCGUCGCACAACAAAUGGGCGCCAAUGCGACCGCCCUGGAGCAGCAAAUCAGCUCGCUUAUCCUUGCCACAGACAUUACCAGGCAGCAGGAGUUCCUAACGAGGUUCAAGCGGUACUUGGAAUGCGACAUGCUGGACAUGAGCAAAGAAGAGGACCGCCACUUCAUCCUGCAAAUCGCGCUCAAGUGUGCUGACAUUUCAAACCCGUGCCGCCCGUGGGACAUCAGCAAGAAAUGGAGCCAGAAGAUCUGCGAGGAAUUCUUCCGGCAGGGUGACUACGAGCGCCAGCUAAGCCUGCCCGUCACCUCUCUUUGUGAUAGACACUCAAACUCCGUCCCCAAAAUCCAGGCUGGCUUCUUCCAGUUUGUGGUGGCGCCGCUGAUGCAUGAGUGGGAGAACUUCCUCAUCUCUCCGCUGGCCAAGGACAUGAUGGGCCACCUCAGGACCAACCAGACAAAGUGGGAGACUCUGUUGACCGCCGAGAUGGCCGAGGAGACCAAGACUGAGGUGUCCGAGGCUGACGACCUUGAGGACGAGCAGGAUCUGGUGCAGAUCGAGUGUCCACCAACGCUGCAGCCGAUUUCAGCUGCAGCCAGAAGACACUCGGUGCCACUCAGCGUGUCCCACUUGGCCGUCGCCAGGACCAUCAUCCGCAGGGAGAGUUUGCCGGACAGCCGGACUGGUCCCAGAUUCCCGCUCGAGACCAUUCUGCACAUCGAGCGCGGCGAGGGCAGCUCCACUCUUUCACUCUUCUCUGAACACGGCACUCGCUUAUCAAACAGUGGGUCAGUCCGGAGUUUGGGUCCGCCGGCGCCAGCCGAGGAGCAGCGGCCGGUGAGUGCCGAAAACUUGCUGCCCGAACCAAGCAUCGCCUCCAUCACCACGAGCUCGGCGGCCGUCAAGUUGAGUUCGGUGCUGCACCCGUCGGGCCGGCACCUGACGCGCCAGCAGACCUUCCCACCCCUGCACCCCAGCUGCCACCCCGCCACCCGCUACCGCCACAGCACGGCCGGCGCCGAAGUGCUGCGCGAGGCGUCCGACUCGUCCGUCACCUCCAGCAUCUCUUCUUGCCACUCUGAGUCGCGUGAACUGGUGCCCGCCAAGAGGGAGCCGCCGGCCGAACCGGAACGCGAGCGCGCCGAGCGCACCAAGAUUGCCAAGCUCGAGGGCAAGGAGAACAGGGCGCCCUCAGACAAACCCAGGAAGUCCAUCCAGGGGAGCUCCCGUCUGCAGUGUCGUCGCGGGUCGGCGCCAGUAAGCUUGUGCAAGAUGGACGUGGACUCGCUGAAAGGGUCGUCGCCGCCGCUCGAGUACCGACUCAGUCGGCGCGGCUCCGUACCCUGUGAUGGCUCUCGACAAAGUCUGAUGUUGCGCGUCCCGUCCUGCAUGCCCCGGAGAGCUUCUCUGCCUUAUGACCCCGCCACACCCGACCCUUCGCUCAUUUCCGCCCUACCUCAAGCGACUGGUGACGCCGUCAGCUGGACGAAGCACGUAGGUCGAAGGUUUUCAGGCGGCGGCGAUUCCUUUGAGACUGACCUGGCCAAGAGAUUCUCAGGGAAGAGAAGAGGCUCGCUUCCAACAGAGCUGAGGCCCAGAGACAAAAGAGAAGGAACAGUCUUGCAGAGUCUGAGUAGAUAGCUGAGCCAACCUAAAGGACCUCAAAAGGACUCAACAGCAUGAAAUUUCGUGCACAAAAGAGCAAAAUCAUUUUUUUUACUUAUGUUUUCAACGCGACAAAUUAAUCGCAGCUCACAUUUGAAAUGUCAAAGUAUUAUUAUUUCUAAUCAUAGUUUGUGCAUGUACAAGAGAUUAUUAAACCAUUUUUGCCAUGAAAGUGUCAAAACCAUAUUUCUUUAUAGUUGAUUUUUAAAUUUUUUUUCACUUAUUGUUAGCAUUUUACGAGUUUUUUUGCCUCCCUGAAAAAACAAUGGCAGUUUGUAAUAGAAUUGUUGAAGUUUUUGUAGCUUGAAAGGUUAGCUUAUAGAUAAAAAUCCACUUUAUCCAUUGUCGUCAAUAUAAAGACUGUCACGCACAAAGGUUUUUGCAAAAUAUUCGAAAAAUAAGGUACAUACUCUCAUUUACGUCGCAAUCAGUAAUCCAAAUUAAUUUUCUUCUAAUUCAUAAGUAACUACAUAUCAAUCUUCCAAGUUCCAAUCCCAGUGUUGGUGGUAAAUAAUUUAACAGAUUGAAAAAAUAAUAAUAAGACAAGGAAGACUGACAGUCAGAGAGCACGUUUGGAAUUUGAUUCAAAUUGAUUCAAGAUUUAUUAGAAAAUGUCAGCAGACUUUACACUUCUCAGGUUUAUCUCUCAUAUUUUAGCUCAGGACCAACAGAGAAAAGCGCGUUGCAGGCAGAAUCAAAAUGAGAAAUGGACCAUUUUUUCCUGAAAUGAGUCAGCUUGUGUUGCAUUAGUUUAUACUACAUCUGAUCAGAGUUCAAAUCUGAUGCAUUUCCCUUUUACCGCUGUGCACAUAGAAUGUAUCUGUCGCAAAUAAAUAUUAAAAAGUGUUGACUGCUGCCAUUGCAGAUGACAUGUGCUGUAUAAUUUUGUUGUUGGAUUUUAUGAUUUUUUUUUUGUUCUGCUUGUGUAAUAAUAAAAUUAUAUUUAUAAAAUGAAAAAAAUAAUUAACAUUAAUGAGAAAAUGUGUACAAUACCGCACUGCCAAGUGUAUUGUAAGGUACUGGUAUUAUUCAAUGUGGCCCACCUGCCGAAAGAACUUUGUUUGGUGCUUUUCUUUAUCAAUAAAAACGUUCAAAUUACGAAA